AUAACGAAAUGAAAAUUAAGGAAACUGAAAAUAUCUAUAGACAAGACCGUUUAUCUCUCUCUCUCUCUCUAGGAGUGCCAUGAAUUUGAGCGUGAACAGAUGCAUCGCCGGUGGAUCUUUGAGUUGCAGAAUCAAUAAUGGUGCUGAAAAAAGGUUGGUCCGUGUUGCCAAGCACUGUGAGCUUCAGAGAGGGAGAAGUUUAGGGUCUGAUGCUCUCUCUUUAGAGAAGAAAGAGAGCAAAAGUGCUAAACUUGCCAUGUUCGGUAGUGGUUUAGUAGGAGUGGCAAACUUGGUAACUCUUAGCUCAGCAAAGGCCGCAGACUUGAAAUUGGUUGUCUUGGAUCAAGCCACUUCCGUUUACAUCUUGGCUGAAGGGACGCUGGGAGAUUCGCUUGGAAACUUCUUGUAUUCGGCUAACCAACAAGCUAAUGAAGCUGUUCAGGAUCAGCUCUCAGCUCUCAGUGUAACAAGUUUGGCAGUAAUAUUUGGUGCUGGACUUGUGACAAGUCUUUCUCCAUGUACACUCAGUGUUCUGCCUUUGACCCUUGGUUAUAUUGGUGCGUUUGGAUCUGGCAAAAGCAGAGGUCAGGUUAUUGGAGAUGCAAUUGCUUUCUCACUGGGGUUAGCAACUACCUUAGCACUUCUUGGGAUAGUAGCAUCUUUUGCCGGAAAAGCAUAUGGACAAAUAGGACAAGGACUACCAGUAGCUGCAUCAGGUCUGGCUAUUGUAAUGGGUCUCAAUCUUCUUGAGGUAAUCCAACUCCAGCUUCCAUCUUUCUUUGACAACUUUGAUCCUCGUGCAGCAGCAGCAAACUUCCCAUCUAGUGUACAAGCGUAUCUAGCGGGUCUCACAUUCGCACUUGCUGCCUCACCUUGUAGUACUCCAGUUCUAGCCACCCUUCUUGGCUAUGUGGCUACUUCCAAGGAUCCAGUAAUAGGUGGAAGCUUACUAUUGACGUAUACAACAGGAUACGUUGCUCCACUCAUCCUGGCUGCUUCUUUCGCGGGAGCUUUACAGAGCUUACUCUCGUUUCGAAAAGUUUCUGCAUGGAUCAAUCCCAUAAGUGGUGCUCUUCUGCUUGGAGGAGGUUUGUAUACUUUCUUGGAUAGGCUUUUCCCUGCUACUACUAUGGUCAUGUAAAUAUUUGUUACUAAAAGAAUCACAUACUCAUUUCUACCCAAAAAAAAACAACAAAGGAUGUGUGUAUAGUAUUUUAAAACAUUCAUAUUGAUUAAUAAUGUAAAAAUCUUAAAAACAAGCCAACAAUGGAUUCGAUCACUACUCA